AUGGGGUAUUUUACUCAAUUUAUUCCCCAAAACUCUGAAAAAAAACUGCCUGGACCUCAUCAGAAAGUCUUCAAAAACACAGACAAAAUGAAAGAAUUCAUUCUUGAGUCUGUGGAAAGCCACAAGGAGACAAUCGAUAUGACCUGUCCAAGGGACUUUAUUGACAGCUUCCUGAUAAAGAUGGAGGCGGAGAAGGAUAAUCCAAGCACUGAAUUCCACUUUGAUAACAUGUCUGGGACAGUCAUCGAUCUUUUCUUUGCUGGAGUGGAAACCACCAGUGUAACUUUGAAGAAUGCCUUCCUCAUCCUACUGAAACACACAGAGGUGACAAGGAAAAUUCAGGAGGAAAUAGACAAUGUUGUUGGGCAGAGCCGAUGCCCAUCAAUGGAAGAUCGUAGCAAGAUGCCAUAUACAGAUGCUGUGAUUCAUGAGAUCCAGCGAUUUGCUGACAUAGUGCCCCGGGGAUUGCCACAUGCCACUAGCAAAGACACAGAAUUCCGGGGAUACAAAAUUCCAAAGGGUACAAUGAUUUCCCCCCUGUUGAGUUCUGUUCUUAAGGACCCCAAGUAUUUUAAGCACCCAGAGCAGUUUGACCCUGGACACUUUCUGGAUGAAAAUGGACUCUUCAAAAACAGUGAUUCCUUUCUGCCAUUUUCUACAGGAAAGAGAAUUUGUCUUGGGGAGGGUCUGGCUCGAAUUGAAAUCUUCCUUUUCCUGACUACCAUACUUCAAAAAUUUUCACUAAAAACAAAUAAAGCUCCUGCAGAUAUUGAUAUUACUCCAGAACCUGGAAAAAAUGGUGUUUUACCUCGUUCAUAUCAAAUGUAUGUGGAGCCCAGAUAG